AUGUCAACCCGACCAGCAAAAGAGUCUGAAAGAAACCAGGAAGCUACAGUAUACAUUGGAAAUAUUGAUGAAAAUGCAGAUGACGAAUUGAUUUGUGAACUUAUGAUUCAGGCUGGACCUUUAGUGUCAGUCCAUCUCCCCAAAGACAGAGUCAACCAGAUUCAUCAAGGAUUUGGGUUUGCGGAAUACUUAAAUGAACGUGAUGCUGAAUAUGCUGCUCUCAUAAUGAAUGGAGUCCGUCUCUAUGGUAAGGCUCUACGCGUCAACAAGGCUCUUCUCGACAAACAAAAGGCCAUUGAUGUUGGUGCCGACCUUUACAUUGGUAACCUUGACUCCAUGGUUGACGAACGCGUUCUUGCUGAUACCUUUUCUGCUUUUGGAAACUUUGUCAGUCAACCCAAGGUGGCCCGCGACGCAGAUACAGGUGCUCCAAAGGGUUAUGGCUUUGUUUCAUUUGAUAGUUUUGAAGCCUCAGACCGUGCUCUCGAGUCCAUGAAUGGUCAAUAUCUUAUGAACAAACCUUUGGUUAUUAAUUACGCAUACAAACGUGACGGCAAAGGUGAACGCCAUGGUGAUGAAGCCGAACGUUUACUUGCAGCUCAAGCUCAGAAAAAUAAUUACAAACUUCCAUCUCAGUUUUCUCAACAGCAACAACAACAACAACAACAACAACAACAACAACUACAGCAACCACCUUUACAACAACUGCAACCACCUCCAGUACAACCACCGUUCUCCAUCCCUCAAGGACAAAUUCCUCAACAAUAUCCUCCUCAACAUCCAAUCCCCCAAUUUGGCAACAUGAAGCUGGUCCGUGGACCAAACGGCAUGAUACAAUCAACUACCCCCUUGGCAACUGCUGCUGCUGUCGCUGCCGCCGGGGCUCCCCCAGUCUUCCCGGUCGUUCCUCCUCCCUUUAUCUCACGUGCAACAAAUUUUGAUCAUCGAUAG